CUCCCGUUUUUGCAUGUUAUUUUAUUUCCUGUGAUGAUAGUAACAAAAGGCAAUGACACAUUUUGAGAGUAAGGUCUUCUUUCUUUGGCAGAUCAUGACAGCAUGUUCAUGGAUAAACACCAUCCCUACAAUGGCAUUGAGAGCAUCGUCUUUUCUUCUCUGUGAUGUGGCACCGUUACCAACAUUGCUCAUACAACAGUCUUGGAUUAAAAACAAAUGUUAUCAAUAAUUGUGUUUACUCUUCCACUUUUUUCUACUAAAAAACUAAAAAAAUAUAUUUAUUCUCUUUUAUUUUCACUUUCGUCCACUUUUCUUCUUAAAAACAACUAAAAAAACAAAGUAAUAUGGCUAAAAUCUAUAAAAUAAAUUCGAGAAAAGGGUAAAAUUUAAUCUAUUUUCGUAAUUAUCCCUAUAUUUUGUCAAUUUUGUUGUGCGAGUCACUAAAAAUGUAGAAUUAGGAUUUAGGUGAGAUUCAAAGUCGGUGGUGGCAAGUAGCCUGGCGCUGCUAUCUCCGGCUGGUUCAACACAAAAACCCUUAGAUACCGACAAGAUAUGGCGGCGAUUUGCACCUUCGUGCAUCCUUUCUCACCCUCUAUGAUUUCGAAACCACCGUCUCCACCAUCACUAGUUGUAGUGACCUCCAGAUUGUUUUCAUCGUCGUUCACUUCUCCUUCAUCUUCAUAUCCGUCAUUGGUUACGACGUUUCCAAGACGCUCGCUUGGUCGGAGGAUGAAGGCGGGAUCGACUGCAAUGAUUGUUUGUAUGGCCCCCGACGAAGAGAAAUUGACUCGCCGUAACCCUCUCGAUUUUCCUGUCGAAUGGGAGAGACCUAAACCAGGUAGAAGGCCGGAUAUAUUUCCUCAAUUCAGUCCGAUGAAAACACCAUUACCACCCCCAUCACCAUAUGACCCUCCACCAGAAGAUGAAGAAGAGGAAGAUGAAGAUAACAAAGAAGAGGAAGAGGAUCCCGAUAAACAAGAACCAGAAAAUCCCUAGUCACUCAUUUUGUUAAACAUUUAGGGAGAAUUUUGAUGAUGAUAUUGAGGACUUAUAAAUGAAGUUAGAGUAUUUAAUGAGAGCUAUAGUUGAGUGAGACCUCUUUCUGUAUUUUUUUCUCUGAUACUGGAUAAUAAAGAUGAUAAAGUGCUGAAUGGUUAAAGGAUAUAUGUUAUAUGUUGUAUUGGAUAUAGUGUGGAAUGGAUAAAUGAGACGAAAAUGUGUUAUUUUAAAGUGUCUUAUGCAAAGAUUCAAUAUGAAGUACAU